CCUCAAGAGCAAGUUAAUACUAGCCGAGGUAGUGGAGAUAUAUUUGUUGGUGAGGGUUUUAAGAACUGGAAGCAUAAAGAGAAGCUGUUGAGUCAUGUUGGAGAUCACAACAGUGCACACAACAAGGCAAGACAGAAAUGUGAGUCUUUAAUGAAGCAUCAAGAGGAGAGCAUUCCUGAUUUAUGGUCGAGCAAGGAAGACAAGAAUAAAAAGGAAUAUCGCAUCAUGUUAACUGCAGCUGUUGAUUGUGUACGAUUCCUCAUUCGCCAAGGGCUAUCUUUUCGUGGGCAUGAUGAGUCAUCUAGCUCGAAUAAUCAAGGAAAUUACAUAAAAUUAUUUCAAUUUCUUGCAGAUCAUAAUGAAGAGAUUAAAAAGGUGACAUUUGAAAAUGCAAGUGCGAAGUUAAAGUUGAUUGCACCAAAAGUACAAAAAGAGAUUUGCAGUGUUAUGGCUGCUGAAACCUUGGCUGUAAUCAUGAAAGAUUUGGAUGAUUCUUACUUCACUAUUCUAGUUGAUGAGUCUCGCGAUGUUUCUAUGAAAGAACAAUUAGCUAUUGCAGUAAGAUAUGUAGACAAAUUGGGCCAGGUAAUUGAGAGAUUCAUUGGUAUUUGUCAUGUAUCUUCAACAAACGCAUUAGCACUCAAGGCAUCAAUUGAAGCGGUUCUUGCAAAACAUUCAUUAAGCAUAUACAGAAUACGUGGACAAGGCUAUGAUGGAGCAUCUAAUAUGAGGGGUGAGUUUAAUGGUUUGAAAGCAUUAAUUCUGAAAGAUAAUCCUCAGGCAAUCUAUAUUCAUUGUUUUGCUCAUCAGCUUCAAUUAUGUUUGGUUUCUAUUGCAAAAAAUCAUUGGCAAGUAAAACAUUUGUUUGAGAUCACUUCAAGGAUUGUCAAUACAGUUGGAGCUUCAUGUAAGAGAAACGAUACCCUAAAAGCUAUUCAACAUGAUAAAAUAGUUUUUCAUUUAACAAGUGGAGAGUUAAUUAGUGGUCGAGGUUUGAAUCAAGAAACUAACUUGCAUCGUGCUGGUGACACUCGUUGGAGCUCGCAUUUUCAAACAUUAAUCAGUCUAAGAAAAAUGUAUGCUUCUGUGAUCGAAGUACUUGAAAUUGUCAAGGAUGAUGGGAUACAUGAUCAACAUUCAGUAGAAGCAG